CCAAUUACAGACUUGCAAUAACUGUGAUAAAUUCAUAUAACUAGUAAAGACUUUGUUCUAAAAGUGUAUUGUGUGGUGCAAUUUUUAAUUAUUCUUUUGUCAAACUGCGAAAAUGACGCAAAAUAAAAUUGACAGCUUAAAUCGUGAUAAAUUAAAAGACACAGAAUACGAUACAGAUGGGAAUUCAAAUAGCACAGUCGCCGCCUCCGAAACGUCUCCAGACGAUGUACCUGCUGACUUCGACAAGGCCAUUGUAGCCUCUGGCUUUGGUCGCUUCAACUUGAUACUGUUGCUCAUGUCUGUGCCUGCAACAUGCGCCAACAUGUUUGAAUCCACAACUAUGUCCUAUAUACUGCCCGUCGCAGAAUGUGAUCUGCACUUGACGCUAACAGAUAAGGGCGUCCUGAACGGCUGCGCAUAUGCUGGGAUGAUUAUAUCAGCUAUUCCCUGGGGCUAUUUGGCUGAUACGAAGGGACGUCGUAAAGUGCUUGUCUGGGGUUACUUGGCUACAACGAUUUGUGUGUUUGGCAGCGCACUGAGCCAGAACUUCAUAAUGCUGGUGACAUUCAAGUUUUUUGGUGGCUUAUGCGUAAAUGGCCCCGCUGCAGUGCUGUUUACUUAUCUAACGGAAAUGCAUGGCCCCAAAUACAGAUCACAUGUGCUAAUGGUAGUGGGCAUGGUCACCUCGACUUCCUGUCUGCUGCUGCCUUUGCUGGCCUGGGGCAUUUUGCCCAGACAUUGGGACUAUGUGCUCUUUGGUGGUCUUAAUGUACACAGCUGGCAAUUCUUUUUGCUUGUCUGCGCUGUGCCCAGUUUGAUAACCGGACUUUUGUUAGCUGUAAUGCCAGAGAGUCCUAGAUUUCUAAUGGGUCAAGGACGCAAUGAGGAGGCUUUGGAGGUGCUCAAGCGCAUAUAUCAUGUGAAUACAGGCAAACCCAAGGAAAGCUAUCCUAUCAAAGCGCUGGUGCUGGAGGUGCCCAACCGCAAAUCACAGCCGAGCGAGGCUAUUUAUACCAUAGCAGAAAAACCAACAGCCACAGCUGCUGCUGAGUCUGCUCCAUGCAGCUUCCUGGACAGUCUACGCGCCGGCAUGCAGCAGAUGAAACCGAUGUUCCAUAAGCCUUUGCUACAGCUCUCGCUGCAUUGCUAUACAAUGCAGUUUUGCAUAUUUCUGGGCAUGAAUACCAUACGCUUGUGGCUGCCACAGCUGUUUGCGUCAAUGGCAGAAUAUACAGCGGACCAGCAGGUGACCAACGAUGCUGCAACAAUGUGUACUAUACUCGAGUAUAGCGUUAAUAAAACAGCAGAGACGCUCGCAAAUCAUGAAAGCGCUUGCGCUGAGCCCAAGCCUUUAUCUAUGGAUAUGUAUAUUAACAAUAUUAUUGUCUCUGUCUGUGGACUGCUGGGUUAUUUCUUAGCAGGCGCUGUUAUCAAAGUUGCGGGCGCUAAGCGUUUGCUAACUUAUGGUUUGUUUAUGUCUGGCACAUUGGGUCUGGCGCUUUUCUGGUCUUCCAGCAGCAUGAUGACGUUGGUCAUCUCAUCCGCCUUUGUUACAGUUUCCGGCAUUGCAGUCUCUUCGCUGCUAGGCGCUGUUGUUGCACUGUUUCCCACACAAUUGCGUUCCCUGGUUGUAGCUAUUGCCAUGAUGUUUGGUCGCUUGGGUGCACUUUCGGGCAAUUUGCUGUUUCCAGUUUUUAUACAAAUUGGUUGUUUGCCGCCCUUUGUCAUGGUCUCCUCUGUUAUGCUGCUUUCCGCUUUGCUCUCCGUAUUUGUGCCGAAUCCCAAAAAAGCAGCGUUCACAUGAAUAUAGCAUUUAUCUAAUUUUAAUUGCGUUCUUAGUUCUAACUGAUAACGUCUGAAGCUAAUUUGUUAUAGCUUAUAGUCGUAAUGAAAAUAUACUUAGUAAAUUA